AUGGGAUCAGCGAUAUUUGUUUUUGGUUGUCUUUUGGUUGUAGCUCUAGUCUUGAAUCGAAUUUCUUAUUUGUUGCGUAUUUCUGUUUGUUUGUCUUUUUUGUUUGUCUUUGUUUUGGUAGUUUUUUUCUUUUCAUCAGAUUGUACUGUGGUUUUCUGUUGA